AUGCCCCUCUCUCUCACCACAUAUCCUCACCUCUCCCACCGCGUGCAACCCCUCCCCCCCGCCUUCUCUCUCACCGCGUGCAACCCCUCCCCCCCGCCUUCUCUCUCACCGCGUGCAACCCCUCCCCCCCGCCUUCUCUCUCACCGCGUGCAACCCCUCCCCCCCGCCUUCUCUCUCACCGCGUGCAGCCACCCCCUCCCUCACGGACCGCAUGUUGGUGUCUUUGAGUCCAGUGGCCUCCACUGCUGCUACCAGCUGCCGUUGAGAAUUCCGAAAAAUCACCCCAUGCCCCCCUUCUCACCCCAUGCCCCCCUUCUCACCCCAUGCCCCCCUUCUCACCCCAUGCCCCCCUUCUCACCCCAUGCCCCCCUUCUUCUCACCCCAUGCCCCCCUUCUCACCCCAUGCCCCCCUUCUCACCCCAUGCCCGCCUUCUCACCCCAUGCCCGCCUUCUCAUCCCAUGCCCGCCUUCUCACCCCAUGCCCGCCUUCUCACCCCAUGCCCGCCUUCUCACCCCAUGCCCGCCUUCUCACCCCAUGCCCCCCUUCUCACCCCAUGCCCGCCUUCUCACCCCAUGCCCGCCUUCUCACCCCAUGCCCGCCUUCUCACCCCAUGCCCGCCUUCUCACCCCAUGCCCGCCUUCUCACCCCAUGCCCGCCUUCUCACCCCAUGCCGCCUUCUCACCCCAUGCCCGCCUUCUCACCCCAUGCCCGCCUUCUCACCCCAUUCCCGCCUUCUCACCCCAUGCCCGCCUUCUCACCCCAUGCCCCCCUUCUCACCCCAUGCUCGCCUUCUCACCCCAUGCCCGCCUUCUCACCCCAUGCCCGCCUUCUCACCCCAUGCCCGCCUUCUCACCCCAUGCCCGCCUUCUCACCCCAUGCCCGCCUUCUCAUCCCAUGCCCGCCUUCUCACCCCAUGCCCGCCUUCUCACCCCAUGCCCGCCUUCUCACCCCAUGCCCGCCUUCUCACCCCAUGCCCGCCUUCUCACCCCAUGCCCGCCUUCUCACCCCAUGCCCGCCUUCUCACCCCAUGCCCGCCUUCUCACCCCAUGCCCGCCUUCUCAUCCCAUGCCCGCCUUCUCACCCCAUGCCCGCCUUCUCACCCCAUGCCCGCCUUCUCACCCCAUGCCCGCCUUCUCACCCCAUGCCCGCCUUCUCACCCCAUGCCCGCCUUCUCACCCCAUGCCCGCCUUCUCACCCCAUGCCCCCCUUCUCACCCCAUGCCCGCCUUCUCACCCCAUGCCCGCCUUCUCACCCCAUGCCCGCCUUCUCACCCCAUGCCCGCCUUCUCACCCCAUGCCCGCCUUCUCAUCCCAUGCCCGCCUUCUCACCCCAUGCCCGCCUUCUCACCCCAUGCCCGCCUUCUCACCCCAUGCCCGCCUUCUCACCCCAUGCCCGCCUUCUCACCCCAUGCCCGCCUUCUCACCCCAUGCCCGCCUUCUCACCCCAUGCCCCCCUUCUCACCCCAUGCCCGCCUUCUCACCCAAUGCCCGCCUUCUCACCCCAUGCCCGCCUUCUCACCCCAUGCCCCCCUUCUCACCCCAUGCCCCCCUUCUCACCCCAUACCCCCCUUCUCACCCCAUGCCCGCCUUCUCACCCCAUGCCCCCCUUCUCACCCCAUGCCCGCCUUCUCACCCCAUGCCCCCCUUCUCACCCCAUGCCCGCCUUCUCACCCCAUGCCCCCCUUCUCACCCCAUUCCCCCCUUCUCACCCCAUGCCCCCCUUCUCACCCCAUGCCCCCCUUCUCACCCCAUGCCCCCCUUCUCACCCCAUGCCCCCCUUCUCACCCCAUGCCCCCCUUCUCACUGCAUGCAAUCCCCCCUUCUAACUGCAUGCAAUCCCCCUUUCUCACUGCAUGCAAUCCCCCCUUCUCACCCCAUGCCCGCCUUCUCACCCCAUGCCCCCCUUCUCACCCCAUGCCCGCCUUCUCACCCCAUGCCCGCCUUCUGACCCCCUGCCCGCCUUCUCACCCCAUGCCCGCCUUCUCACCCCAUGCCCGCCUUCUCACCCCAUGCCCCCCUUCUCACCCCAUGCCCCCCUUCUCACCCCAUGCCCCCCUUCUCACCCCAUGCCCCCCUUCUCACCCCAUGCCCCCCUUCUCACCCCAUGCCCCCCUUCUCACCCCAUGCCCGCCUUCUCACCCCAUGCCCGCCUUCUCACCCCAUGCCCGCCUUCUCACCCCAUGCCCGCCUUCUCACCCCAUGCCCGCCAUCUCACCCCAUGCCCCCCUUCUCACCCCAUGCCCGCCUUCUCACCCCAUGCCCCCCUUCUCACCCCAUUCCCCCCUUCUCACCCCAUGCCCCCCUUCUCACCCCAUGCCCCCCUUCUCACCCCAUGCCCAGGGGGAUUGCAUGCAAAGGGGGGCAUGCAAUCCCCCCUUCUCACUGCAUGCAAUCCCCCCUUCUCACUGCAUGCAAUCCCCCCUUCUCACUCCAUGCAAUCCUCCCUUCUCACUGCAUGCAAUCCCCCCUUCUCACUGCAUGCAAUCCCCCCUUCUCACUGCAUGGAAUCCCCCCUUCUCACUGCAUGCAAUCCCCCCUUCUCACUGCAUGCAAUCCCCCCUUCUCACUGCAUGCAAUCCCCCCUUCUCACUGCAUGCAAUCCCCCCUUCUCACUGCAUGCAAUCCCCCCUUCUCACUCCAUGCAAUCCCCCCUUCUCACUGCAUGCAAUCCCCCCUUCUCACUGCAUGCAAUCCCCCCUUCUCACUCCAUGCAAUCCCCCCUUCUCACUGCAUGCAAUCCCCCCUUCUCACUGCAUGCAAUCCCCCCUUCUCACUGCAUGCAAUCCCCCCUUCUCACUGCAUGCAAUCCCCCCUUCUCACUGCAUGCAAUCCCCCCUUCUCACUGCAUGCAAUCCUCCCUUCUCACUGCAUGCAAUCCCCCCUUCUCACUGCAUGCAAUCCCCCCUUCUCACUGCAUGCAAUCCUCCCUUCUCACUGCAUGCAAUCCCCCCUUCUCACUGCAUGCAAUCCCCCCUUCUCACUGCAUGCAAUCCCCCCUUCUCACUGCAUGCAAUCCCCCCUUCUCACUGCAUGCAAUCCCCCCUUCUCACUCCAUGCAAUCCUCCCUUCUCACUGCAUGCAAUCCCCCCUUCUCACUGCAUGCAAUCCCCCCUUCUCACUGCAUGGAAUCCCCCCUUCUCACUGCAUGCAAUCCCCCCUUCUCACUGCAUGCAAUCCCCCCUUCUCACUGCAUGCAAUCCCCCCUUUUCACUGCAUGCAAUCCCCCCUUCUCACUGCAUGCAAUCCCCCCUUCUCACUGCAUGCAAUCCCCCCUUCUCACUGCAUGCAAUCCCCCCUUCUCACUGCAUGCAAUCCCUCCUUCUCACUGCAUGCAAUUCCCCCUUCUCACUGCAUGCAAUCCCCCCUUCUCACUGCAUGCAAUCCCCCCUUCUCACUCCAUGCAAUCCCCCCUUCUCACUGCAUGCAAUCCCCCCUUCUCACUGCAUGCAAUCCCCCCUUCUCACUGCAUGCAAUCCCCCCUUCUCACUGCAUGCAAUCCCCCCUUCUCACUGCAUGCAAUCCCCCCUUCUCACUGCAUGCAAUCCCCCCUUCUCACUGCAUGCAAUCCCCCCUUCUCACUGCAUGCAAUCCCCCCUUCUCACUGCAUGCAAUCCCCCCUUCUCACUGCAUGCAAUCCCCCCUUCUCACUGCAUGCAAUCCCCCCUUCUCACUGCAUGCAAUCCCCCCUUCUCACUGCAUGCAAUCCCCCCUUCUCACUGCAUGCAAUCCCCCCUUCUCACUGCAUGCAAUCCCCCCUUCUCACUGCAUGCAAUCCCCCCUUCUCACUCCAUGCAAUCCCCCCUUCUCACUGCAUGCAAUCCCCCCUUCUCACUGCAUGCAAUCCCCCCUUCUCACUGCAUGCAAUCCCCCCUUCUCACUGCAUGCAAUCCCCCCUUCUCACUGCAUGCAAUCCCCCCUUCUCACUGCAUGCAAUCCCCCCUUCUCACUGCAUGCAAUCCCCCCUUCUCACUGCAUGCAAUCCCCCCUUCUCACUGCAUGCAAUCCCCCCUUCUCACUGCAUGCAAUCCCCCUUUCUCACUGCAUGCAAUCCCCCCUUCUCACUGCAUGCAAUCCCCCCUUCUCACUGCAUGCAAUCCCCCCUUCUCACUGCAUGCAAUCCCCCUUUCUCACUGCAUGCAAUCCCCCCUUCUCACUGCAUGCAAUCCCCCCUUCUCACUGCAUGCAAUCCCCCCUUCUCACUCCAUGCAAUCCCCCCUUCUCACUGCAUGCAAUCCCCCCUUCUCACUGCAUGCAAUCCCCCCUUCUCACUGCAUGCAAUCCCCCCUUCUCACUCCAUGCAAUCCCCCCUUCUCACUGCAUGCAAUCCCCCCUUGUCACUGCAUGCAAUCCCCCCUUCUCACUGCAUGCAAUCCCCCCUUCUCACUGCAUGCAAUCCCCCCUUCUCACUGCAUGCAAUCCCCCCUUCUCACUGCAUGCAAUCCCCCCUUCUCACUGCAUGCAAUCCCCCCUUCUCACUGCAUGCAAUCCCCCCUUCUCACUGCAUGCAAUCCCCCCUUCUCACUGCAUGCAAUCCCCCCUUCUCACUGCAUGCAAUCCCCCCUUCUCACUGCAUGCAAUCCCCCCUUCUCACUGCAUGCAAUCCCCCCUUCUCACUGCAUGCAAUCCCCCCUUCUCACUGCAUGCAAUCCCCCCUUCUCACUGCAUGCAAUCCCCCCUUCUCACUGCAUGCAAUCCCCCCUUCUCACUGCAUGCAAUCCCCCCUUCUCACUCCAUGCAAUCCUCCCUUCUCACUGCAUGCAAUCCCCCCUUCUCACUGCAUGCAAUCCCCCCUUCUCACUGCAUGCAAUCCCCCCUUCUCACUGCAUGCAAUCCCCCCUUCUCACUGCAUGCAAUCCCCCCUUCUCACUGCAUGCAAUCCCCCCUUCUCACUGCAUGCAAUCCCCCCUUCUCACUGCAUGCAAUCCCCCCUUCUCACUGCAUGCAAUCCCCCCUUCUCACUGCAUGCAAUCCCCCCUUCUCACUCCAUGCAAUCCCCCCUUCUCACUGCAUGCAAUCCCCCCUUCCGCCCCCUUUCACUCACCGCAUGUUGGUGUCCGUGAGUCCGCUCCCCUCCACUGCUGCUAG